UUGCAUGGCCCUGGCUGUCCUGGAACUCGCUCUGCAGACCAGGCUGGCCUCCAGCUCAGAUAUCAGCUGCCUCUGCCUCCAGUGUGUGCCUCCACUAACCCAGUUGUCUCCCACGUUUUCUGGCCUCUCCAGUUUACACAGUCCAGUUGCAAAUGGGAACUGAACUGUCGUGGUGGCUCAGCUUCGUCUCACUGGCUGUAAUAAACUGCCCUGAGAGAGGCAGCCUGAGGGAGAAGGGCCUGUGUGGCUCAGGAUUCCAGGUUGUGGUCCAUGAUCCUGGGGAAAUCAAGGCAGCAGAAAUGUUAAGCAUCUGCGCUUAUUACAUCUGCAGUCAAGAGCGAAGAGCACGGAAUUAAUGCCUGCUGCUAGCACUCAGCUGGCUUUGUCCACUCUUAUAGAAUGCAGGAUCUCUGCCCCAAGGAAUGAGGCCACCCAUCUUCCUACUUCAGGUCUUCCUACUGCAGCUAGCGUAAUACAGACACACCCUCAUGGGCCAGCCUAAUUAGACAGGUGGUUCUAGAUCAUGUCAGGUUGAUAGUUAACUGCUACAUUCGAGUUUUGCUUUUGCUUUUGUUUCCCGAGACAACGUGUUUGCGAUAAGGUUUGUUUCCCUUCCAGGCUCUGUGGCGCUGAGGUGUGGAAUGUUGGCGGCUCACUGCACCGGUUGGUUAGGAAAAGCUUGUUCUCUCUGGCCUUUUCUGUAUCCCCUAAUUCUGACCACAGUGCCAUUGCAGGGCCCACUGUCCUUCAGGGACGUGGCUGUGGCCUUCACCCAGGAGGAGUGGCGGCGGCUGGGCUCAGAGGAGAAGACGACGUACAGGGACGUGAUGCUGGAGACCUACAGCAACCUCGUCUCCGUGGGGUGUGAUGUCACCAAGCCGAACGUGAUUAUUAAGUUGGAGCAGGGAGAAGAACCGUGGAUGGUGGAAGGUGACUGCCAUGUGCAGAGUCACGUGGAAAUCAGUAAAGUAGAUGACACCGUAGAGAAAAUCCAAGAAAGCGAAGGCAAACGUAUGGGGCAAGCUGAGGAUCUCAGCAGCCGAAGAGCAGAGAAGGGGGAUGCGUUUGAUAAAACAUAUUGUUGUGUGUCUUGUGGGCAGACUCUGGAACCCGUGGCAGCACUGAUUAGUAGUGAUGGAAGGUAUGCACCGGAGAAGCCCGACAAGUGUGCUGAUUGUGGGGCAGCAUGCAGAGAGAAAGCGGGUGACUUUAAUCAAAAUGGGGAUACUCAGCAUGAUGAAAGCAUUCUGCAGGAAUUCGCCGUUGUGGAGAAGCCCUUUGAUUAUGAGUGCAUGGAAGCCUUAGACAGCGAAACUGUUUUCAUGGCUCACGAGAGAGCUUAUAUGGGGGAAAAACCCUAUGAAUGGGAUGAUGAUUCUGGACCAGACUUCAUCCAGAUGUCAGAUUUCAGUGCAUAUCAGAGAUCACAAAUGGAAAUGAAGCCCUUCGAAUGUACACAGUGUGGGAAGUCCUUCUGUAAAAAAUCCAAAUUCAUCAUACAUCAGAGAGCUCACACAGGAGAGAAACCGUAUGCAUGUAAUGUGUGUGGAAAGUCCUUCAGUCAGAAGGGGACCCUCACUGUCCAUCGGAGGUCACACUUAGAGGAGAAACCCUAUAAGUGUACCGAAUGCGGGAAAACCUUCUGUCAGAAGUUACACCUCACACAGCAUCUGAGAACUCACUCAGGAGAGAAGCCCUAUGAAUGCAGUGACUGUGGGAAAACCUUCUGCCAGAAGACGCACCUCACUCUACACCAGAGGAACCAUUCCGGGGAGAGGCCCUAUCCAUGCAACGAGUGUGGGAAAUCCUUCUCCCGAAAGUCUGCCCUCAAUGACCAUCAGAGAACACACACCGGAGAGAAGCUGUAUAAGUGUAACGAGUGUGGGAAAUCCUACUACCGAAAGUCCACUCUCAUUACACACCAGCGAACGCACACGGGGGAGAAGCCCUACCAGUGUAGCGAGUGCGGGAAGUUCUUCUCCCGGGUGUCGUACCUCACCAUCCACUACAGGAGCCAUUUAGAAGAGAAACCGUAUGAGUGUGCGGAGUGCGGGAAGACCUUCAAUCUGAACUCAGCUUUCAUUCGCCAUCGGAAGGUGCAUUCGGAGGAGAGAGUCCUUGAGUGUAGCGAGUGCGGGAAGUUCUCCCAACUGCAGUAUCUCCCCGAUCGCACGAAUGACUUAGGACAGAAACACUAUGAAUGCCGUGAGUGUGGGAAGAGCUUCCUUGAAAGCUCCGCCUUCAGUGGGCCCCAGUCCGUUCCGGAAGAAGAGAAGACGUACGACUGUAAUAUAUGUGGUAAGUCGUUCUCUGAUUUGUCGUGCUACACCGUACACUACAGAGGUCAUUCCGAAGAGAAGCCCUUCGGGUGCGGUGAGUGUGGGAAGACCUUCUCUCAUAAUUCAUCCCUCUUCAGACAUCAGAGAGUGCACACGGGUGAAAAGCCGUAUGAGUGUUGUGAGUGCGGGAAGUUCUUCUCGCAGAAGUCCUACCUCACCAUCCACCACCGCAUCCACUCGGGGGAGAAGCCCUACGAGUGCAGCAAGUGUGGGAAGGUCUUCUCUCGGAUGUCCAACCUCACCGUGCACUACAGAAGCCACUCGGGAGAGAAGCCCUACGAGUGCAGCGAGUGCGGGAAGGUCUUCUCUCAGAAGUCCUACCUCACUGUCCAUUACCGGACUCACUCGGGAGAGAAGCCUUAUGAAUGUGAUGAGUGUGGGAAGAAGUUCCACCACAGAUCAGCCUUCAAUAGCCAUCAGAGAAUUCAUAAAAGGGGGAUAUAAGUGCACUCGGUGUGGAAAAAUCUCUGACACCUCAAUUUAAAACAGACAUUUGGUUAUAAUGAACAUUGGAAGUUUAAUGGGGAGUCGAGUAUGGAUUUUUCCCCCUAAUUUUUAUAUUUGUGGUGCUGGGGAUUGAAUACAGGGCCUUUUGCAUGCUAUAGAUGCUCUAAGUAGAGCUGCACCCCAGUGGCUUAUGAGUAGAGCAUCCAUGCUCCAUGUGAGAAGCCCUAGUACAAAAUCCAUCUUAACCUGAAUUUUCAGAAAAGAAUCUGUAGAUAUUCAGCAAGAAACAAACCAUGACCAUAUAACUCAUGGGACACUAGAUAUUAUUUACAGGAGUGAAACUUUCAAAGUAUUUAAUAUUUAUUUCUGAUUUAAAUUGUAUUUACAAAUCAGGGAAUCUUGCUAAGAAACAUCAAUAAGGUUGAUGUAACACACUUUGGAAACUUAUUAAAAGCCAUAUUUGUGAUAUAAAAACAGGUGUUCAUAGAAAAUAUGCAAGAAGUUAUCUGUUCUGAAUAAACUUAUAAAAAGGAAGUUACAAAGUUGGGAGUUGAUCCUAAGGCUGACCAAAUAUGUGGCAUCUCUGAUGUUUUAGAAAUGCAAAUUAAUAAUAAUUCUAUGCAAUCUCUCGCAACCAUGGCUGUGAAUAAUUUUGAAAACAUGAUAUUGAGCAUUAGAAUGGCAAGUGUUACAAUGGGAUUUAUUGGUGAAAUUGUUAUAUAAUGGGAAAGCACAUAAUUUUUUUGUGAAUGCUUACCAGUAGACUGAUUUUGUUAAAAAUUUUCAACUGGAAUUGAGCAAUUUUUUAAAAAUACUAUUUUGAUAAACUUUGCUGUCUUAGUGUUGUAUUGCUAUGAAGAGACACCAUGAUCAUAGCAAAUCUUUUAAUUUUUUUAUUAAUUAAAUAUUUAUCUUACAUCACAACCCUCCCUUCUCUCCCUCCUCUUCACCCUUCCAAUCCAGUUCUUAUAAA